CCCUGUCCUCCCCCACACAGCCACGAGAACACACCAGCCUCACCACAGCCCCCAGCCCUGUCCUCCUCUACCAUCCACACAGCCACAUGAACACACCAGCCUCACCACAGCCCCCAGCCCUGUCCUCCCCCCACACAGCCACAAGAACACACCAGCCUCCCCUCAGCCCCCCAGCCCUGUCCUCCCCCCACACAGCCACAAGAACAACAGACCGAGGAAGAGGAGGCAGGAGUGGUCAAGAUGGAGGUGUUGACCCACGGCUGCCGAGGAGCCUAUCGGCUUCCACCGUCCGUCCCGAAGGUGGAGACUAAACCAGAGGUCACAGAGAAGUCGAGUGCCGUCCAUUACCCAUCAUGCACCACGGCAAGCUCCGAGCGACCGGCCUUUAGACCCAGCCCCGACACACACGCAUCCUCUCCUCCCCCUCUCUCUCCCUGCCCUCCCUCUCCCUCCCCUCCCUCUCCCUCCCCUCCCUCUCCCUCCCCUCUAAACAUCGUCCCUGAUGAUCCCAUGGCUGGUAUGAUGACGCUGUUGGCUGCCAGUCAGAUGCCCCAGGCUGCCCCCCCUGCCCUACCCACCCUGCCCCAGACAGAGGCCUCCUCGCUGGGGAGAGACGUGGCCAGUCCUGGGUGUCUGGAGGUCUGGGCUCUGGAGGGGAUGACUCUACUCAGCGACAUGGCCUCACUAGAGAUGGAUAGGAUACAGCUGGAGCAGGGUGAGGUGUUGUGUGGUCUUGACCGCCUGUUAGAGGCAGGUAGAAAGGUGUUGCUGGAGGCCAUUGAGAGCCAGUCUCACAUCAACCUCCCCAGACAACUACACCCCAGCAAGACCUACAGCUGGAGGAUGAGGACAGACCCACAAGAGGUACCAGACUGUAGACCUGGGGGGGAUGAGGACAGACCCACAAGAGGUACCAGACUGUAGACCUGGGGGGAUGAGGACAGACCCACAGGAGGUACCAGACUGUAGACCUGGGGGGAUGAGGACAGACCCACAGGAGGUACCAGACUGUAGACCUGGGGGGAUGAGGACAGACCCACAGGAGGUACCAGACUGUAGACCUGGGGGGAUGAGGACAGACCCACAGGAGGUACCAGACUGUAGACCUGGGGGGAUGAGGACAGACCCACAGGAGGUACCAGACUGUAGACCUGGGGGGAUGAGGACAGACCCACAGGAGGUACCAGACUGUAGACCUGGGGGGAUGAGGACAGACCCACAGGAGAUACCAGACUGUAGACCUGGGGG